GCCACACCGCGCUGCAGGAGUCCCGUGGUCCGGGUCGCCCUGCCCCUCCGCCUGGUCUCUACUCUGACCGUGUCUGCUUUCUCUGUUUUCCAGUCUUUAGAAAAGUGUGGAUGAAAGUGGACGCAGCUCUGCUGGCCGCCUCCCAGAGGCGACCUUAUCCGAGCGCGAGGGGAGUGUUCCAGCCUUCUGCGGCGCUGGGAGCUCUUCAAGGACAGCACCACAUCUGGUUCAGCCUGGUGCCCCGUGCUUAGCCAAUCAAUAGGGCCGGAAUUAAAUUCCUGACCCGACCCAGGGAAGGAGCUGCAGCUCCUCCUCCCGCCUCCCUCCUCCCCCUCGCCUGGGACCACGCCAGUUAUUUGGUUAUUAUUGGGAUUCGGCGAGGCCCUCUUCCUACCGAAAGUCCUCGGUAACCAGAGGAUACUUCAACCGUCCGGGCCUCCAUCCUACUCAGCGCCUGCCGGGUUCUGCAGGACAAGCCUCUGGGAGGUGCGCUCCGCCUGCGGAGCUUCUGCAGCCUCUGCGCCCCGAGCUUCGCUGAGGAGGCGCCUCCACACCGACUCCGUCCAGGAUUAAGUCCGCUUAGAAUGUUCAAGAAGUUGACUGGGAGGAGGCUUUAGAAUUUCCCGUUCAGUUGUUCUGACAAUGCAGCCAGAGUGAACCGAGGAAAACCCAGCUUUUGCCCUAAAGCCAAUGAAAUACGAAGCAUGUCCAUAAGAUGUCUCCUUGAGGUUGGCCAAGUGUCGCGAGUGCUUUCCAGUCCUGCAGCCACACUGUAGCUGCGAGUGAGCUGCAGCCACAUACGUGCAUCACUUCACAUCACGCACACAUCGUUCCAGAAUCCUCUUCACAACAACCCACAGCAGCUGGCCUGGAGUGGCCACUGACAGGCCAUCAGUGGACACAUGAAGUCUGAUAGCUGAACAUGGGUGAGGGUCCUCAUGCUCCAUCAUGUGGAGUGCCGAGCCUAGAGCAGAAGUCAUGGAGCAGCAGCCAGCAGGGUGGAUGUGACAUCCAGUUGGGAGCUGAGAGCGCCGACAGCAUUGGUGCUGUGUUGAACAGCAAAGAUGAGCAGAGAGAAAUUGCAGAAACGAGGGAGACUUGCAGGGCUUCCUAUGACACCUCUGCUCCAAAUGCAAAGCGUAAGUGUCUGGAUGAAGGAGAGACAGAUGAAGAUAAAGUAGAAGAAUAUAAGGAUGAACUAGAAAUGCAACAGGAAGAAGAAAAUUUGCCAUAUGAAGAAGAGAUUUAUAAAGAUUCUAGUACCUUUCUUAAGGGAACACAGAGCUUAAAUCCCCAUAAUGAUUACUGCCAGCAUUUUGUAGACACUGGACAUAGACCUCAGAAUUUCAUCAGGGAUGUAGGUUUAGCUGACAGAUUUGAAGAAUACCCUAAACUGAGGGAGCUCAUUAGGCUCAAGGACGAGUUAAUAGCAAAGUCUAACACUCCUCCUAUGUAUUUACAAGCAGAUAUAGAAGCCUUUGACAUUAGAGAACUGACACCCAAGUUUGAUGUGAUUCUCCUGGAGCCACCUUUGGAAGAGUAUUACAGAGAGACCGGCAUCACUGCCAAUGAGAGAUGCUGGACAUGGGAUGAUAUCAUGAAGUUAGAAAUUGAUGAGAUUGCAGCACCCCGGUCAUUUAUAUUUCUCUGGUGUGGUUCUGGAGAGGGAUUGGACCUUGGAAGAGUGUGUUUACGCAAGUGGGGUUACAGAAGAUGUGAAGAUAUUUGUUGGAUUAAAACCAACAAAAACAAUCCUGGGAAGACGAAGACUUUAGAUCCCAAGGCUGUUUUCCAGAGAACAAAGGAACACUGCCUCAUGGGGAUCAAAGGAACCGUGAAGCGAAGCACAGACGGGGACUUCAUUCAUGCUAAUGUCGACAUUGACUUGAUUAUUACAGAAGAACCUGAGAUUGGAAAUAUAGAAAAACCUGUGGAAAUUUUUCAUAUAAUUGAACAUUUUUGUCUUGGUAGAAGACGUCUUCAUCUGUUUGGAAGAGAUAGUACAAUUCGACCAGGCUGGCUCACAGUUGGACCAACCCUGACAAACAGCAACUACAAUGCAGAGACAUACGCAUCCUACUUCAGCGCCCCUAAUUCCUACUUGACUGGCUGUACAGAGGAGAUUGAGAGACUUCGACCAAAGUCACCUCCUCCCAAAUCUAAGUCUGAUCGGGGUGGUGGUGCUCCCAGAGGAGGAGGAAGGGGGGGAACUUCAGCUGGUCGUGGUCGAGAAAGAAAUCGAUCCAACUUCCGGGGAGAAAGGGGCGGCUUUCGGGGAGGUCGAGGAGGAGCACACAGAGGUGGCUUUCCCCCUCGGUAAUUUUUAGAGAUGUCAGCCCCUCUAGCCUUUGGGUGGGAGACUUACUUUCAGGACUCAGUCCCCCUCGCCUUUGUUCUGGCCGCUUUGUCUGCCAGGAGCAACUUGCAAACUUCCUCACCGGUGUCCUACCUGCGCCAUUUUGUUCGGGGUGAGCAGUCUUCAUGCAUGCGUGCAAUUGAGCAGGACGAACAACUCAGAUAGCUUCGCUUUCAGGACUGAAUUCACUCUGAUUUCAAACAGUUACAGAGGCUUCUGCUUUCUGGAAGUGGGUGGACAGUGGGAAGAUGCGGUCUGGAAUCAGGCUGGAGCUGAAGGGAGUCCACGGCACAUCCUUCCUUUGCAAUCACAGCAAGUGGGGGACGACUGCAGCCAUGGUGGAGUGGGGCACUCGGAACCCAUCUGCGGGGGUUCAGCAUUUCCUUGUUGAAAUGGUAAAAGAAGUGCAUACUGCAUUUUCUUCCUUUUAAAAAACAUUUUAAAUAAAUUCCAAUAUAAUUUGAGUACUGAAGAAAGUAAGAGACUUUGAACAAAAUCCCCUCCUUCCAGUUCCAAAUCUGAGAGGUGAGGUGGAGCUGCCAGGCAGGAUAAGGAGGAGGUAGGACACAGCGGGCAGACAAACAUGGAAGCUCUUUCUCAUGAUCUUGGUCCUGUAGCUCCAGGUGACUUCUGCUCUUAAGGCACAAAGCAGGACAGAAAUCCAAUUUCAGGAUGUGGCUGUGAGCUGGAACUUAUAUGGACCUUCAGAGCAGUUUCAUAUUCCAAAGCAAAGUAAAAGCAGCUGAGGCACCAGUAGAGAUGCCUGGUCGCCAGGCGCUGGGCCUGAGCACCUAGGGGUAAGUACUUGGCGGGUGAGGGAAUGAAAGCUUAGGCUUAUUUUUCUAAUGAAACUUAAAAUCUUUGGCUUUUGAGAUUCUAUUUUUCGUAAAUGGGAAUUACAGUUGUUACCAGAUGAAACAGGAUUGACUUAGAAGGGAACUCUUGUGGUCUCUACAUUGUAGUGGCCACUCUGUUCUCAUACAAAAGAGGAACUCGCACACACCAAGACUGAGGUUGAUGAGGACUGAGUGAUAGAAGGUACACCCUAAAGCCCGGUGAGCUCAACUCGCUCAGCCUGUUACACUUUCCAGUGCAUAUUGGUAGCAUUUGAUUAGCCCCUUUCUUGACACAGGUGCUGUGUCUCCCAGUUGGUUAGUGUGUUUGUUGAAAUGACAUUAUAAACUAACUGGAGGUAGAAUCAAAGGUCAGCUUGACCUGGGAAUGCUGGAGGGAAGUUCCAGGUGCCCCCUGGUGGGCCCUCAGAAGAGCUGGCUUAGGACUCUCCCUUGUUCCAUACCUGGACCUUCAAGACCGUGCUGUGGCUGGAGGCCUAGGCCCUGUGAGAUCUGUUUCAUAAUUAGUCUUGUGGAGGAGAGGACUGGCUCCUUGGUAGGUUGAAAGUUGGGGCACAGUAGCCUGCCAUCACUAGAGAAGAGCAAGGAGAGAGGAGGUGAAGGGAAAGGAACGCAAGACCUAGAAUCGAUCCCUUUGAAAGGUAGUCUGGCCUUCUGAACAAGGCUGGAAGGACUCCUCGGCCCAGCCGCCUUCUCCCUCGGGAAAGCUGGGCAUUGUCUUACAGCAGAGCGCUCACUCCGGCCUCCAGUGACUGUUCAUAACUCUGGCCUUAACUGAUUUUUGAUCCUCUUUGUAUUUACAUGUUCCAAAUUUUCAGUCUAGAAAUAAACUCUUAGUUGCUUUUCUUAUCAGGGAGUUGUGAGAAACAGCUCAGUGCAAGAGGUCAGGGUGCAAGAAAUGGGGUCAUCAUGGGGUCUGACUUGGUGCCUGUUGAGAGCCAGGGCACAUAGAGGGGCAGGACUACAACAGCACUGUUCUGAGUCUUGGUCAAUAGCAGGGCCGCCUUUAGGAGCCCUUGGAUCCCUGUGGAGAAAUUAGACCGCAUAUUUCCUGUGCCAAAGUCCAGCAGGGUUGUGCCAAGGGGACCUGGAGUUACAGUGAGCAUCCGUGGCAGGGCUAUUGUUAUAUGAGUGGUACCCAUAUCAACUGCUAAUUUAUACCUUUCAAUUGGUUACAGCAGUUGAUUUUAAAAGCUGCUGAUCUUAACCACUAACGUGUAUCUUUCAGUUAGCUACAGCAGCUUGUUCAAAAACCUAGCCAGGUGCAGUGGUGUACACUUGUCCUAGAAACUGAGGAGGCUGAGCCAGGAGGAUUACAAGUUGGAGGCCAGACUGGGCAACUUAGUGAGAUCCUGUCUCAAAAAGAACUGGGGAUGUAGCUCAGUAUAGGAUACCCCUGGGUUCAGUCCCUAGUACCCCAAAAUUUUAAAAAAUAAAUACUGGGAUCAAAUUUACUAAAAGGAAGUACGAGAAACCAUCACCUUUAAAGUCAUAGCAUGUAGGUUAAAGACUUGGCUUUAGUCUGCAGAGCUCUGAAGUGCACUUGGGAGGGAGCGGAAGUCAGUCUGAGCUGUGCUCAGCCCCUUGGAGGACUCACGUUGUGUGGUAGGCCGCAGCCGUUGCCUCUGGAAAGCAGAUGUCUGCAGGCCGGUAGUUUGUGGAGGUUUAAUGAUCCAAUCUGCUGCCAUUUUAUAGGCUUGUGCAUUUCAAGGCAACUUGUGGGUUGUUAAAAGGCCCUGAUGUAAUGCUGUUGCCCAUAAUUCAGGUGAAACUUAGAACCCUAAGAAGCUAAGCUUUCAGUGGUAAAUAGGGGCUGAAGAGAGCAGCUGACUUUACUACUGUGAGGCUGACUGAAAGCAAAGUAUAUGCAUGGUUAAGAAUACUGGGGUGGGCGUGCACUUGCCUGCACAGGGCUCAGGGUUCCGUUCCCAACACCACAGGGAAAGAAAACAAUAUUGCAUUUAUAAUAACUCCAAAUCAAACUUUGGAAAAAAGUAGAUACUGAUGCCAGAUGUGAGCCAACCAGCUCCUCAUAUCUCAAGUCCCAGCCCUUCCCUGACACAGUCGUGAUGGCACCAGGGUCUCAGGCUGCUCCCACUUUUCCGUAUUGAGUUUGCGGUGGCACCACACCUGCCUGUCUGCCUUUCUUUGCCUUUGGCUGUGGGGAAUGAGUCUGUGGCUUGCGUUACAUGAAGUCAACAGGCUCCUUUCUCAGCGUGUCCCUGUGCAAGUGGUGACUGCUUAGUCAGUGGGCCCUCCCCAUGGCCCUUGGAGUGGUUGCCAGGGCCUUCAGCCUCCUAGGUCCUUUUCCAUUCUGCUCGUGCUUUCUUGCUGAAUAGGGGGCCUGUUUUUCUAAAAGGGCUUUCCCUCUGUCUCAAGAACAUUGUCUGGGAGGGUGAGGAAACAGUAAUUUCCAAUGAAUUAUUAGUUAUCAACCAUCUUGAACAGAGUCAACUCCUGUGGACUGACCAAAUUUUAAAACGUGACUCUUUCCUUAGGACAUAAGGUUUUAGUUACUUUUCUGCCAAACACCACCUGUCAAGAGAGUGAUUAAACCACAUCUAUACCUCCUCCUUAAUAAUAGCCUGAAGGGGAGAAAACCGUAUUCCUCCUAUAAGGGAAGGCACAGGGACUGGGAGUGUAGAAGGGCUGGGGUGGUGCAGGUGGCGCCCCAGAGUCUUGGGAAGCUGUGUGGUCAGCACUGAUGCCCAAGCAGAGGCAACUACUAGACAAAGGAUGACCCUUCACUUCCCAGCAGGGCUGGGAGUAGAGGUCUAGAAGAGCCCGGUGUGGGCCUGGGAGGCGCAUGGUGCCUCCUCCUGGAGCUUCUAAGUCCAGUUUCAGGUCCUUUUCCAUGUUGGAAAAACUCAAGCUGGAAUUGGACCUGGAUUUCUUAUUCUAUUAAUAGGACAUGUUUCCAUCUGGCCAAAGUGAAAAAUUAGUGACAGAUCUUUCUUAUUUACUCUCAGCCAGUUGUCAUUAGGUUAGAUUUCUGGGACGUGAAGUUCACAUAAGCCUUCUUGAGAGAGUGAACUCUUCCUAAUGGUUCCUUGACAUCUGAUCCGGAAUUCUUGAGAGGUUCUUGUGGUUAACACUUAAGGCGUUGUGGCCCAUGCUUCUCGUCCCUUAAACUGUUACUUACAGCUAGUAGCUCCAUCAAUUAAAAUAUCUGUGACACAGCAAAUACAGCUAGGAGCUAGAUUAAUCCCAGCCUUCCUCACCCUCUGCCGAUUAAUAAAAGCCCUAGCAGGGAAGAUACUAGCAGCAGCAAACAUGCACAUGGUCUAACAGACAGGAAGCCUAAGUCCUUUGCAUUUACUGGCUCCAGUGAUCUGACUUCCUAGGUUGCACAGCCCCCCCUCCUCUGUGCUGCCUCCAGCUGGGGCAGGAGCACUGCUUCAGAACACCUCACACUUCAGAUGUAUUUACCCCAUUUUUGGCAAGUGGCCACUCAGAUUGCCCACAUUUCCAUUUUAUGCUGGGGUUUUAGUGCACUGAAGAAGCUUGAGAGGGCUUUUGCUUUCUCCCACUGAUAGGGUGACCAGCUCCCCAUCGACUCUCAGCAGCAGCUGUUCCCAGGGCAUCUGGCAGGCAGGCGUGCAUGUCCUGGACUCGGGUUGCAGACCUUGCAGUGCUUCUUAAACCACUGAGUGCACCUGAAACACACCAGCUGCAGGCCUGGGGGCUCAGCCUGGCCGUGUCUUUGCUGCUCUACUGGCCUCUGCAGCCUUUGCCAGCUGAUGAACAGCCCUGCUGAGCCAUGGAGUCUGGCACGACCUUGGCUGCCUACGGCCUGCUCCAAGUGUGAGUGGGCUGAUAACAGGGUCAGGUCUGCCACAGAAACGUUCACGGGCACUGCAGCUCUUGGAACACGACGUGUGUUCCGCUCUCCACCAGCGUUAUACCUGUUCCUGGUUGGGACGGAUGCCCAAGGCCCCUCUUGGCCACUCCUGGCAUGACGUUUCGUCAGCGUGGAUCAGCUUCCCUCGGGAUCAACUUCUGCUUACUGUACCCACAGGACACAGUCAAGGACCUUCAAAAGUGCCUUUUUAAGUAUGCUGUCUGACAUUUCCUAGGUUUAUUGCCUAACAAUCCUCAACCCUGAUAAAAAGGACAAUUUUGCUACCUGG